AUUCCCAACAUACAGACAGUGAAAGGAAAUGAACCCAAGAUGCAAUGUAUUGCCGUCAUCAACAUCAUCAUUCACUUCCAUCUCCAAGUUUAUCUCAGACCAUUCAUGUCUGUCCAUGCUUGAAAAGAACUGCAGAAGCAUGAGAGACCUUCAUAAACUUCAUGCCCAACUCAUCAAAACUGGUUUAAGCAAAGAUAUCAUUGCAGUCAGCCGGGUUUUAUGUUUCUGCGCCACAUCCCCCUUUGGCGACAUCAACUACGCUUACCAAGUCUUCUCUCAAAUCGAACAACCAAAUCUUUUUUCUUGGAACACCAUUAUCAGAGGCUUCUCGCAGAGUUCAUGUCCUCAGAAUUCUAUAUAUCUUUUCAUCCAUAUGUUGCAUUCUUCAUCCGUGGAACCAGAAAAACUCACUUAUCCUUCUCUCUUCAAAGCUUAUGCUAAUCUUGGUCGAGCCCAGGAUGGAUCUCAACUUCAUGGAAGAAUUUUAAAACUGGGGAUCGAUUUCGAUCCCUUCAUUCGAAACACAAUGAUCUAUAUGUAUUCAAAUUGCGGAUACAUGAUUGAAGCCAGUCGAGUAUUCAAUGAGUAUUCAGAUGUUGUCGAUAUUGUAGCUUGGAAUUCCAUGAUCAUUGGUUUUGCUAAAAAUGGACAGGUCAAUGAAUCCUUGAGAUUGUUCGAUAAGAUGCCAUCGAGAAGUGAUAUAUCAUGGAAUUCUAUGAUUAGUGGGUGUGUUAGAAAUGGGAAAUUAAACGAGGCAUUUCAUCUCUUCCAACGAAUGCAAAACGAGGGAAUUAAACCAACCGAGUUCACAACAGUGAGCUUAUUAAAUGCAUGUGCUCAGUUAGGAGCUCUUAAACAAGGAGAGUGGAUUCAUGCUUAUAUCCAAAAGAAAAAGAUUCAUGUUAAUUCAAUAGUUUUAACUGCAAUCAUAGACAUGUACUGCAAGUGCGGAAGCAUUGGGAAGGCUCUUCAAGUUUUUGAAAAAGCCUCAACAAAGGGUUUAUCAUCCUGGAAUUCUCUGAUAAUCGGGCUAGCAAUGAAUGGGGAUCGAAAACAAGCAAUUCAACUCUUCUUAGAUCUUCAGUUACUGUCAGGCUUACGACCAAAUGAUGUUAGCUUUCUGGGUGUUUUGACUGCUUGUAGUCAUUCAGGCAUGGUAACAGAAGCACAAUAUUAUUUCUCGCAAAUGACUGAAACUUACCAAAUCAAACCCACGAUCAAACACUACGGUUGCUUGGUUGAUGUUUUGUGUAGAGCCGGGUUACUUGAUGAGGCAGAAGAAGUGAUAAAUAAAUUGACAGAAAACCCUGAUGUAAUUAUAUGGGGAUCCUUGCUGUCCGCUUGUAAACAACAUGGGAAUAUCGAAAUGGGGAAGCGGGCAGCUGACAAGAUUCUGGAGUUGGAUCCUACUGAAACUUCAGGGUAUGUACUGUUAGCAAAUGCCUUGGCACUUUCUGGUAGAUACGAGGAAGCAAUAGAUGCGAGGGCUUUAAUGAAGAAAAGGGAUAUUAGGAAAGAACCUGGAUGUAGUUUGGUGGAAGUGGAUGGAGUUGUUCAUGAGUUUGUUGUUGCAGGGAAAUCCCAUCCUAGGGAGAAAGAGAUGUAUAGAGUAUUAGAUGAGCUGUGUUCAAUAUUGAAAGAAACAUCAGCACAAGAUGGUUUAGAUAAUCUCUUGAUCUAAAAUUGUAGAUGAAACUUGAACCAGUGAUGAAAAAGAAACUUGAACCAGUAAUGAUAAUCUACGCAAAAUAUAAGAUAGUACCAAUAUAAGCAUGUCAACGUUUCCUGGAUGAAUUUAAUACGGUCCAGGGUAAAAACUCUUUACUGUCCAUUUUAGCUUUCCUAGUAACAGAUUAGUCUGCUUUGAAUGGAAUAAACUAGCGUAUCGUUAUCAGGACUCUAAAGAAACAGCAUAGCAUAGCGUAAAAACUCUUUACUGUCCAUUUUAGCUUUCCUAGUAUCAGGACUCUAAAGAAACAGCAUAGCACUGGGCCUGCACUUACUACUGCUGGAGAACCUAAACAAAAGAACUUCAUAGUUUUUCAUAAGAGAGACAGAAAGCCGUUCUCUGCAAUAGAAAUACACAAUGUUCUAGCAGAUUUUGUUGAUCAAUUUGGUAGCUAAAACAUACUUGGUACUUUUCAAUAAAGUACCAAUGAAUGAGUACUAAGAUUAGUAUCGAAAGAAAUUAUAGAUUUAUAUUAAGCAUUGAGUAGUUGUUACGCUUCACUAAUGGAGCUCCAAUUGAAAUGUACGUUUUUCUUCUCUUUCAAUUUCUUCUUUAGUUUCUGUUUCACAUUCUCCUUUACAGUAUUACAAACUCUAACUGCAGCAAAAGAAAUUGCUCAACCUCAUA